AUGUCGGACGUCCUCCGCGACAGUAAUUCAUCCGAUAAGGAGGAGACUCUCAACCCAGAUAUCGACGAGGGAACGCUCAAGGCGUUGUACAGGCAAAUGGCACGGGUAUUACUGGAACUGUGGAUACUUGACUUCGACUGCAUUGGUAGCCUGGAUAGCGACCAAGUGACUGGCAAGCCACAAGUAACCAAACGGCCUUUAACCCUGGCUAUGAACGAGCUAAUCCGGACAUGCGGGCUGAAGGAUAUUACUCCACCGAGAACUUAUACCAGCUCCACAGACUACAUCGUCUCGCUUCUUGAGUUGCAGUCGAAUCAUCUUCGACAACAACUGAAUGACUCCCUUCAAAUCACCGGGAUCAUUGAUUGGGAGUUCUGCUACGCGGCCCCGGCCCAAUUUGCCGGCAGUAUCCCGUGGUGGCUACUUCUGGAACGACCUCAUCGGAUCAUCUACAACUCCGGCGUGAACGCGUUUUUUGAUGAAUUCUUACCGAAAGCAGACCUUUUCUUGCGGUGCAUGGAGGCAAAGGAGACAGAACAGGGGAUCAACCCUUCUAAAUACAAUCUAUCGGCACGCAUGCGGCAGUCGAUCCAGGACAGAAGCGCGUGGUUCAACAUGGCGUGUCGCAUGGUACCAUCAGUCGACAUGAUAUACUGGGACUUACUGGAUGAGUACUGCUGGGGCCCUCGCAAGUCAAUUGCUAGAAGAGUAUACAACAUCACCACCACCCCAGAGAUGCAUAAAGCUCGGGAGGACUUUGUCAAGGCAAAAGUAGAACAGCUGCAGCAAUAUUAUAUGGAGCUUGGAGACGACAACAUUGUCACCUACGAAGAAGAACAAUUCAGUGAAAUGGAAGCCUCUAUAGAAGAAUCUACAAAACUUCAACUGGGGAAGAGUGGGAGCCUUUUCCUAGUAACUGCUAUUGGUCUUACAGCUUUUGUAUUGACUACGGCGCAUAUCAUCAUGAGACGGGGUCGUCUGUGA